CAUCGCUGGAGAAUCGACUUGGUUAUGCGGUUUAGCACCGUUGUGCAGGAUUCUGGACGUGGACGAAGAUAAAACCAGGCUCAGGGGUGUCAGAAAAAACCCUGCUCUGAACUUUUUGCUUGACAUCCAGUGGUUGAUCUGUACCUCACGCCGGGAUCCAGACAGAUUGAGUCUCGUCUAGCGGUUAGUAGAGUACAAAAGAGCAGACGUUGCUUGAAACAGAAGCGUAAUUAGAUCUACAGACACAGAUACACUUACUCACUCACUUACACACACAUACUCCAGUGCUUAUUUGAGUGGGUCAAACACACGGUAGAGGUGCUGAGUGGAGUGUGCGCCGCUGAGGGUCUGAUAGAACCUGAGUGCAACAGCUGCAUUGUACCAUUAGCUCACCCGAACCCCGUCAGUGAAGCUGAUUGUGAGGUUGCACACUUGGUAGUCUCCAAGUUGUGCUCGGGUAGGCAGAAACUGUAAGGUUAUCAUAAGUCAUUUGUACUAUGUUGCAGUACUGCGUGGUGCUCAGUUUUCGCUAUUCCAACUCUCGACAAGUUGAUGACACAAGCAGCAAUAGCUGGAAUUGCAAUAUAGUAGCUUUCUUCGACGCUAUUAGUUGAAUGUGAUUCUAGUCACGUUCUUCGUGUCACUGUGGACCUUGGCUAGAUUCCGUGGAACUUGUGCUGGCUUCUACUCAUGUAGGAAAGCCUCGGUGUUUUCUGCCACCAAUGGCCGAAAAAGAAAGAUAUAGACAAUGUUGAAGACCAUCUAGAUGAUUAGAAAAACAAUUGAACUCAAGUACUUUGAAACUAAGAGUCUCAACAUUUUUUGCAAAUUCUGAGUCUGCCUUGUAGCAAUAUUCUUUGGUAGAUCUCCCCUUCUCUGGAGGUGAACGAUUUCCCUUCAGUCCUGUGUGGAGAUCUCGCUCUGCGAGAUUUUAAUUGAAACAUUUAGAAAAAUAGCACCUCUAUAAUGGCCGUGGCAGCUCAAUCUCUGUCUCUUUACAGCGACACUGGCCUCUUUUCUCAGGUGGCGCCUGUGUCCAACCCCACUCUCAUGCUUAACGACAAUGGGACAGUUUCUUAUGGAUCUGCGACGCUGUCUAGUGCUAGCGGACAAUCCCUGCUAUCAAACUUUGCAGACGGCUUCAGUUUCGGCAACUCCAGCUGGUCGGACACGCCAUACACACCGUACUCAUCCAUCAGCUCCUUCAAUUUUCCAAAUUUUCCAGAAUCUUCGAGUUCGGAGGUGCUGUGCUCAUCCGAAGACCACUCUCCUGACCUUCUCCUGAUGGGUAGCCACUCCGACUUCAUGAGCCAGAUCAAUGUAGCACCCCCCAGCUUGGUUAGCACUCCGGCGGUCAUGCACCCCAAAUUGGUCAGCACUUUAAAAAACAUGGUAGCGCCGGAGCCAGCCUCACCGCGACACAGCUCUUCUCAAUAUUCUUACUAUUUCUUCGACCAGCAGCUGACGUCCCAACAGCAGGCAGCUAACUCGCAGCAUCAAAAUGAUGCGGCGGCGCACAAUCCCUUGUUGCAUUUUCAUCAUUCGGCGGAUCUCAAGCCCACCGUCGAUGUGUCCAGUAGUGUCAGUGAGUGUUCCCAAGCUAUCCCACCAACGUGCUCACAAUCUUUGAAGGUUGAGAAGUCAGAGUCAGAGGACAUUAUCGAGGCGGCAGUGGUAUCCGUAGACGUGAUUCAGAACCGACGCCCUUUCCGAUGUCAGCAUGAAGGGUGUAACAAAACCUUCAAGAACCCACAAACCAUGAAGAUGCACCACAAGACGCAUUACACGGACAAUACCUUCAAAGCGGGUCAACAGCCCUUGCCCACUCUGAGCAACUCUCUCAAGGCUGGGCACAACAAGAAGAUCCCUUCUCGAUGUCCUAAAUGCAAGAAGACUUUCGUGGGUCUCUACGAGCUCCGCAGGCAUUACGGCCGUAAGCACUCCGAAGGCGAGAAGCCUCACGGCUGCCGAAAGUGUGGCAAGCGAUUCUACAUUGAGGUGGAUGUCCGAGACCAUGAGAAGCUGUGCGGUGAGCCAAUUGAGUGCAAGUGUGGUCUCAAAUUCGCCUUCAAAUGUAACUUGGUGGCGCACAAGAAAGCUCACCCGGCAUGUCAGGAUGCCCAGACCAGCCUAUCGACCUCGUCGACGACUUCAGGAGGCGCUAGCUCGAUGAUCAACCAGUCACCGUCUUCCUCCAGCGACUCUGACCAGAGCCCCGGCGGAAUCAACUCCCCACCUUCUGGCCGUGGAACCAAAAGACCUCGCGAGGAGAGUAUUAAUCCUGAAAAUUCCUUUCACAGUACCCCACUUCCGGAGCUGAAAGACAUUCCCGAGGCGCCCCAGUUCAAGUGCGCCCGCCAUGGCUACUCCGGCAGCCUUCCCUUCUCCAGCGAGACCAACAGUUCUUGGAUGUCCCUCCCCAGCAUCUCUCAUUAUCCAGAGGUCCCCACCUUCUCGCACUUCAACCCCAUGUCCACGGCGUCACUCUUUCCGUCCCCGCAACAGAAGCCGUCGGGUUUCUCAUUCAAGCUGCGAGAACCGAUGUCUUUUGAUCAGAGCUAUCCCGGCUCAGUUGCAGGUUUGGAGAUGGGGAUUUUAAAUCAGUUAGAUUCUUCCACCAAUUCUUCCCUUCAAAGCAUGGUCCGGCUUACCUGAAGGUUAUGAUCAAUGUAUUCCUUUCUUCUGCUGGGUUCCUCACAAAGCCAGUGCGCAGCGAGUAGUCCAUGUCUUGUAAUUUUCCAGUCGGAAGUGUUUUCCGUGGAAUCUCAUAGACUUUGACCACGCCUCCCAUCACGUGUGGUCAAUGUCUAUGAGAGAUACGAGCUAACUGUGGAGUCUGAGCACUGAAGAGGUGAAGGAGUACCGUGGUACGGCACAAGGAUGUCUUAAUAUAUUCUUAGGAAAUCCGACAAAAAUUGUAAAUCUUUCCACCGUACGGGGUAGGUUGAAGGUGGAAUGAAAAUAAUACUAGGUCUGAGCUGCAUACAAGGGAUGAUAGGUAUUUAACUCUGUCUACUGCACCCACACAUGAUUAAUUCUUUUGAUGGGUAUUCAAUUCAAGAUUCAAUAAAUUUCCUCUGAAUGACGAAAUUCUUCAAA